AUGACUGGAGGUGCUGAGGGUGAGAGGAAUCCAGGAUGGGUAGAAGAGGGCGAUGAGAUGCCAGUUAUGCCUGCAGAUGCAGUGGCGGGAGCUGUGGUUUGUCCCACUACCCCUCCUCUUGUAAGGGUCUUCCAGGAAAAGAUGCCCACCAGGGGUCCUGCUCUAGGAACUUACACGAAGCAAGUGGAUCUGUUAAUCAACAACAGCAGCAUUAUUAUCGGCAAGAAAGCCAAGAGGGGGGCGCGGCAGCUGGAAGAGACCAGGAGCAGGGCAGGGCUCGAGCCGGGCGGGUCGGGUCCAGGAGCGGAGCCGCCAAGACGCCAACCAACGGAGGAUCGUGACAACAGAGCGGGAUUGGGGCGGUCGGGAGAAUCCGGACGGCGAGCAAAGCGGCGAAGCAGGAGGACCAGGCUGGGCUUCGGGGAGUCGGGAGGGUCGGGCCGCGGACCACGAAACACAGCCGGGAAGUGGGCAGCAGAGCCGGGAGCACUGAACUCAGUCGCCACGGUGCCCGGACGCCGGCCUCACCAGCUCCGCAGCUUCGUUUCCGGGUUGGGGGCGGGCUCACCAAGUAGUUCCGGGGCGGGCGGCGGUUCCGGCUGUGCGGGCCGCGCCGCGGCUGCUGGUCCCGGGCGCGCGGAGGGCGCGAGCGUGACCAUCAUCUCAGGAUGUCUCUUUCUGGCCGCCGACAUCUUCGCCAUCGCCAGCAUCGCCAACCCGGACUGGAUCAACACCGGGGAGUCCGCAGGAGCACUCACUGUGGGCCUUGUGCGACAGUGUCAAACAAUCCAUGGACGCGACCGGACGUGCAUUCCUCCCCGGCUCCCCCCGGAGUGGGUGACCACACUAUUUUUUAUCAUCAUGGGAAUCAUUUCAUUGACUGUCACAUGUGCUUUGCUGGUAGCUUCCCACUGGCGAAGAGAAGCUACAAAAUAUGCUCGAUGGAUAGCGUUCACUGGAAUGAUCCUUUUCUGUAUGGCUGCCCUAAUAUUUCCAAUAGGAUUUUACAUCAAUGAAGUCGGAGGUCAACCUUAUAAAUUACCCAACAACACAGUAGUUGGGUCAUCAUAUGUACUUUUUGUCUUAUCAAUUUUCUUUACAAUAGUAGGACUUCUAUUUGCUGGCAAAGUUUGUUUACCAGGCUGA